AUGGUCCGCGCGCAGGGCAUAUCGCUGCUGGCUGAACCGAGCGAUGUCAAGCCGGAGCUUGAGAGACCGCCGGAUGCGAAUGCAUCUCGCGCGCUGGUCUUCAUCGCACACAGCUUGGGUGGGCUAGUUGUCAGAGAAGCCCUCGCUCUGGCCAGUCAGCAUCGGAAUGACCAAGCCAGUAGCAAUCGCUACGAUGAUGUCUUCCGCUCCACUGUAGCCAUCAUUUUCUUUGACACACCGCAUCGUGGCGCGGACCCGCGAAGUGACUUCCAUCGCAUCCUUUCUGGCUUUGCUCUUCGACUUGGCGUCGAUGUCAAUGACCAUAUCGUUGACGCCUUGAUGCCUAACGUGAACAACCUGCAGAAACAACUCAGUCUGGACGAGUUCAAGACGCUCGCAGCACAACGAGGUUGA